GGUUGUGACGUAGGUGUAUCGUGAAGGGGAGAAAUACUAAUAUUAAUUAUAAUAUUUUAAGAGUCAAUUUAGAUCGAGGAAAGUCUUGAAUUUUGUACUUCCUUUUAAUUUGUUGGUCAAGUAAAAAAUACUAAGAAUAACAUAAUAAAAGUGACAUUAUAAGUGUUAUUUUUACUGAAUGCAACACGAACACUUACUGAAUUAGUCUUAAGAACUAAAGAAGAGAAAAACUUGCAGUUGCAGACUAUACAAGUGUUCAACUGUAGACAUGGCAAGUACGGCGAAUAUUUUUCCAUCUGGUGGAGUGAGUGACAGUUCUCAUAAUACCAGUGAAAAUAGUAUCAACCUUACACCAGACUCCUCACCAAAUAUUGGCAUGAUCAGUCAGAAGUGUUUAGAAUCUGCAAGUCUUUCUGGGAAUAUGAUUGUGACACCCUCAGUAGCUGCGUCUAAAGAAGAUGCUUUCCAGAAGAGGAGGAGUUCAUCUCGAUCCAUAAAGAGAAGAAAGUUUGAUGAUGAGCUAGUAGAAAGUAGCAUUUUGCACAAAACUCCACGUAAUCGUCCACCAUCUGGGUCUCUUUUUCCUUUCGGAACACCUGGGCUUGUGUCUAGUGUUGGAAUUCCGGGGGAGCCAUUUAGUAUGGAAACACCAGCACCAUUACCACAAGAAAAAAAAAAGACCUCUAAAUCUUCAUCAAAACGAGUAAAAAAAUCUAAGAAAAAUCAGUCUUCACAUACUAAAAACAUUGGUCGAUGGAAACCUACUGAUGAUCUAGCAUUAAUCUUGGCUGUUCAACAGACAAAUGACUUGACAGUUGUUUAUAAAGGCGUGAAGUUUUCCUGCAAGUUUACUCUCCAGGAUAUCCAAGAAAGGUGGUAUGCUCUUCUGUAUGACCCCGUAAUCUCAAAAGUUGCAGUGACUGCCAUGCGACAGCUUCAUCCUGACAUUGUAGCCCAAGUACAAGCCAAAUCGCUUUUUAACAAGGAUGAGGAGAAAUUGUUGACAACAAUAAAUUCUACAAGUCAACCAACAGUAGAAACUUUCCAGGAGUUACUAGACCAACACCCAGAUGUCUUCCUUGCAUCUCGAACAGCCAAAGCUUUAUUUACACAUUGGUCAUAUAUGAAGCAAUACCACCUUUUACCUGACCAGACGGUACAACCUCUACCCCGUGGAGAACAUGUACUGAACUUUUCUGAUGCCGAAGAUAUGUUAGAUGACAGUGAACUUCAAGAUGAAAGAGAUGAGGCACUUGAGCAAGAACUUGCCCUGUCUGACAGAAGAAUCAAGCGAGAAAUCCGACAGCUAGAGAAUGAACUGCCCAAGUGGCAGGUGUUAGUCGAUAGUAUCACGGGUGUUACUCCACAGGACUUUGAUACCCAGACUUUAGCUGUUCUUCGAGGUAGACUUGUUCGCUACUUGAUGAGGUCACCAGAAAUAAGUUUGGGAAGAGCCUCCAAGGAUAACAGUGUUGAUGUUGACUUGUCCUUAGAAGGUCCAGCAUGGAAGGUAUCCAGAAGACAAGGAAUGAUCAGACUACGAAAUAAUGGUGAAUUCUUCAUAAGUAAUGAAGGAAAGAGGUCUAUUUUUGUAGAUGGCAAACCUGUUUUAUCAGGAAGCAAGUAUAGAUUAUCAAACAACUGUGUAGUUGAGAUUGCUGGACUGAGGUUCACUUUCCUUGUUAAUCAAGAUCUAGUUGAUGUUAUCCGUAAUGAAGCUGCCAAGUCAGCAACCUGGACUAGUUCAUAGAUCCUAUCAACUUUGAAGCUUGUACAGAGAGAUAACCAAAGCACAAGUUAAAUCUAUUGAAUCUAGUUCCAAAAAACAUAAUUCUACUGUGUCAAAACAAGAGUUCAUCUUCAUUGUAAAUUUUCAAAUAA